UACAGGCACACAUCCACAGAUAUCCACAGUUAUCCAACUAGUUAUCCAACUAGGAUUAUAAAGGUUAUAGGAUUAUAAACAUUAUAAAGGAUUAUAAAGGCACACAUUGACAUAGACCACUGUUGCACUGUUGCUAUCCAAGUAGCAUUAUAGAGUACAACCAUGCUGGCCCAAUACAUUGAACACGGGGACGUACAAGGAGCCAUUGACAUUUUCAACAACCAAGACAUACAAGACAUCACCAUCAGUGAACUCGUUACCGACCCGGAUCUCUCCGAUGAAUCACGCAUGACAGCAGAAAUCCUGAAAAUAAAGAAAAACAAAUCACGCAAGCCCACACAGCCUGGAAAAGCAAGCAAACUGGACAAGCCGUAUGACAGGCUAAUCCUCCUGAGAGACAUCAGAGAAGGAUCCCUCUUCUACAUUAUGACAGAAACUUCUCUACAGAGCAAACUCCUCUUCAAAGUGCAGAAUGUGCCAUGGGUUGGAGCCACUGUUGGUCUGUUUGAACCAGAGCGCAAAUCAUCCAUCAAAAAUGUACCGACCCUGACUGUGGAACAGCCACUACUCCCACUGAAACCCACCAUGACGAUCCGCCAAACACGACCAUAUGUCAUGGAAUAUGUGGACACAAUGGUACCGAAGGCCAUCUUCGUCACAAAUGCUGAUAUCCGCAUUACAAAAGCCAACAUUAUCACUGGCUGCGGGGCACAACUUUGUGAUGGACAGCAUGACGAGCUGUCACCAUGCCCAGCAUUAGUUACAGAGGACAUCAACACACGCCUCCUAUCCUGCCGCAUCACCUCAGCAACAGCUAACAUAUCACGAGUGGCGUUCAAGUCGACUAACUUCACGAAGUUGUUCCUGACCUCAGCUGCCAUGAAGACAACCAGUACACCUAUCCCCAUGCUAGAAUUCAGGGCAGCAAUCACUAAUGUGCUGCAGCACUAUGCUACCAACAACAUCUCUUGGGAAAUCUGCGGCUGGUACAAGCCUGGUAUUAAAGCCACCGACGAAGAAGUGCAGCCGCCCACAUUCCACAUCACGUCUGUCCGACCAGCUGCAAUCCUCGAGGACGCCCCACUGUACCACCUACCACACAUUGCCAAUCCACGCCUCCAAGUUGAAAUAGCAGUCGAACGUCCCUGCCAAUUGCGCAUCGGCCACAACCAAAGGCCAACAGCAGCACGACGACCGCAACCAGACCUGGCGAACAAUCCGGCGCCUUCGACAUCCCGGCAAAAAUCACCAGACCUGCCCGACAUACGUUCCACAACAAGGAGACCAAAACGCCCUGCACCCAGCCUCGUCAUUCAGCGCUCAAGCACAUCAACCAGGCAGCAAAGCACACCACCAACUUCGGACGUGUCCGAUGACAACUAACUUACUCCUACCAUGGCCAUCAUGUACCACAGUUCAGGGAAUAGACUUUCAUAACGAUCGAAUCUCAAACUACGCAGCUCUUACUUAAUCCACAUCAGACAUUCCUUUCUUCAGAUAUCAUGUCUCAUUCUUGCCUCACCGGAGACAGUCUGUACUGUACAACCAAAUCAUAAUGCUCAAAUUAUACACUAUUUACAUACCGUCCAUGUGACUAAUUACCUCAAAGUGCUGCUCCGUUUGUGGCAACUUCUGGUAACCUACCACACGGAAAACAUAACACUGCUGAUAUUGUUCACUGCUCAUGUUGGUAACAUAAACUCAUCAUAUACAGUAGUGCUCAGCAUUUUUUUGGACAUUUUCUACAUUUAAAGUCAUUUCCCUCUUGCCUUCUCCUCGCCUCUAUGCAGCCUUUUGGUUAUGCUCAAAACAUCCUGCUCUUCCCAAGUCAGUCAUAUUAUCCACUUCCAUUGUCCAUGCACAAGUUCCUGAACACUACUGUACGCCACUCAUCCACAUGACUAGUCAUUUGCCAACAUGUUCCCACAGUGAAUGCAUAAUACUGCUGAUAAUAGUGAUAUUGUUAUCUCCUCAUUGUAAAUAUGUUAUACGUUGUUCAAAUUUUAAACAUGUCAAUAUCGCUCACACGCUCGAGUCAUACACCUCAAUUGACUUUUUAAAGGGGGACUAUAGGCAGCGACAGGGGGGUGAGGUUGACUAUCUUUUGAUGACUGAUAUGCCCAAUAAGGGCACUUGGUCAUGUUUGAUGCAGCUCUUAAUACAUUCCAUGUACAAGUGUGAACAUUUCCACGUACUGUGAGAUAUGACUGACCCCUAUUGGCAAAUUUGUAUCACUUUAUCUUGCCUACCUAGCUGCUGCCUAUAGUCUCCCUUUAACUGCGGAACACUUCAAAGUCCAUAAAAUGCCAUGUUCCACCUUUUAAUGUGUUCAGACCGCCAUUUUCAAAAUAAUCAAGUGAGGACACUGCCUUCUAGUCUCAUAAUACAUUUUGCUUUCCUCAAUAAUAACAUUUCUUCUUCUUCAAUGCUUUCAUCAUUCCAAACUUCUCCUCCUCUGACUUUUACAGGGGUACAGUCAUGACAAUCAAAACCCAAAUACUGACACCAAAUGCCUGUUGACUGUGCUUUAAGAGAGACUGGCGCCAUAACACUGCUGAUAUUGUUCACUGCUCAUGUUGGUAACAUAAACUCAUCAUAUACAGUAGUGCUCAGCAUUUUUUUGGACAUUUUCUACAUUUAAAGUCAUUUCCCUCUUGCCUUCUCCUCGCCUCUAUGCAGCCUUUUGGUAAUGCUCAAAACAUCCUGCUCUUCCCAAGUCAGUCAUAUUAUCCACUUCCAUUGUCCAUGCACAAGUUCCUGAACACUACUGUACGCCACUCAUCCACAUGACUAGUCAUUUGCCAACAUGUUCCCACAGUGAAUGCAUAAUACUGCUGAUAAUAGUGAUAUUGUUAUCUCCUCAUUGUAAAUAUGUUAUACGUUGUUCAAAUUUUAAACAUGUCAAUAUCGCUCACACGCUCGAGUCAUACACCUCAAUUGACUUUUUAAAGGGGGACUAUAGGCAGCGACAGGGGGGUGAGGUUGACUAUCUUUUGAUGACUGAUAUGCCCAAUAAGGGCAUUUGGUCAUGUUUGAUGCGGCUCUUAAUACAUUCCAUGUACAAGUGUGAACAUUUCCACGUACUGUGAGAUAUGACUGACCCCUAUUGGCAAAUUUGUAUCACUUUAUCUUGCCUACCUAGCUGCUGCCUAUAGUCUCCCUUUAACUGCGGAACACUUCAAAGUCCAUAAAAUGCCAUGUUCCACCUUUUAAUGUGUUCAGACCGCCAUUUUCAAAAUAAUCAAGUGAGGACA